AAACGAACAAAUGACAUGGACACGGAAGAAACCAGAAAGAAAGAAACCUUCCCGACACGGAAUGGAAUCUGAUCUCCUCAAACAUUCUCUCCCCCGAAAUGAAAAAAGAAAAAGAAAAAAAAAAAAAGCAAAUAGAAAAUUAGAAAGCAGUGGCGUAACUUCCGCCUUCUCUGCUACGGCUAUCGACAGUUAUUCUCGCACAAACUCCAGACUCCAAAACUUUGCCUCAGUCGGGAUUUGCUGAAAAACUGAUUUUUCCGACCAAGAUGAAAUGACGAUGGCAACACCACCACCGCCAUCGCAUGCGACGACGGUAAGGAAUUUGGUCGUGGAAGUGGUUGACGCUCGCGAUCUUGCCCCCAAAGACGGCCAAGGUAGCUCGAGCCCGUAUGUCAUCGCAGAUUUCGACGGACAGAGGAAGCGAACUUCGACGAAGUUCAGAGACUUGAAUCCAAUAUGGAACGAAAAGCUCGAGUUCAUUGUCACGGAUCCCAAGACAAUGGAAGCAGAGGAACUCGAAAUCGAGGUGUUCAACGACAAGAAAAUGGGGAAAGGCAGUGGAAGUGCUCGGAGAAACCACUUUCUUGGCCGGGUGAAGUUGUACGGGAGCCAGUUCUCGAAGAAAGGGAACGAAGGUUUAAUUUACUUCCCUUUGGAGAAGAAGAGCGUUUUUAGUUGGGUUAAAGGAGAAAUUGGCUUGAGAAUUUACUAUUAUGAUGAACUAGUCGAGGAGCAGAAAGAGGGAGCGCCGCCGCCUGACGAGGGGGCUCCGCCCCCAACGGAAGCAAAGAAGUUGCCUAAGGAGGAGGUUCUGCCGGAGAUUAUCUUGCCGACGGAAAUAGCUGAGGAGAUGGCGGAGCCUCCGCCGAUCGUUACCAUUGCAGAAUCUCCCCCUCCGGUUACUGUGCAACCGGAGCAUCCGGAGCCGCAUGGAAUUUCUUUCGCUGCUCAUACUGAACAACAGGUACCGCCGGAAGUACGGAAGGUCCAGACAAGUGGAGUAGUGACUACAGAGCGAAUCAAGGUCUUCGGGAGACCUAACGGGGAAUACGCGCCGAGGGUCAUCACAGGCAGAUUUGCCGGUGAGAGCGAGCGGAUUUCAGCGUAUGAUCUCGUUGAGCCAAUGCAGUACUUGUUCGUUCGAAUCGUGAAGGCUCGUGCUCUGGCACCAAACGAGAGCCCCCAUGUGAAGAUCCGUACGGGUAGCCACUUCGUUAGAUCGAAACCAGCGACCCACAAACCUGGCGAAGCUUCUGGGAACCCUGAGUGGCACCAGGUCUUCGCUCUUGGCCACAACCGGCCGGAUUCUGGUAAUGCCACAUUAGAGAUCUCGGUCUGGGAUGGAGCGUCUGAAGCGUUCCUUGGCGCUGUUUGCUUCGAUUUAUCUGACGUUCCAGUCCGUGAUCCACCGGACAGUUCGUUAGCUCCGCAAUGGUACCGUCUCGAAGGCGGUGACGAUCAACAACCGAAUAAAGUCUCCGGUGACAUUCAACUUUCGGUCUGGAUUGGUACUCAGGCCGAUGACACGUUUCCUGAGUCAUGGAGCUCGGACGCACCUUAUGUGAGUCACACUCGGUCGAAGGUUUACCAGUCACCGAAGCUCUGGUAUCUUCGAGUCACAGUGCUUGAAGCUCAAGACCUCCACCUUUUUUCGAACCAUCCACCGGCGACGACGCUAGAUAUUCGAGUGAAAGCACAGUUGGGGUUUCAGUCUAUACGAAGCAGACGGGCCACGAGCAAUCACAUCUCGUCGUUCUUCUGGAACGAAGACCUGGUUUUUGUUGCAGGCGAACCACUUGAAGACCAGUUGAUCUUACUUGUUGAAGAUCGCACAAGCAAGGAGCCUGUGCUUCUCGGCAAUGUUACUGUACCUUUGAGCUCUGUGGAACAACGAUUAGAUGAGCGGCAUGUGCCUUCCAAGUGGUUUGUGCUUGAUGGUGGCAGCAGCGGUGGUCAUGGUGGAGCUCCUGCAGGCGGAGGAGGAGGAGCGAUCUACUGUGGCCGGAUUCAUUUACGGCUAUGCUUGGAAGGUGGGUAUCACGUGCUUGAUGAGGCGGCACACGUGUGUAGUGAUUUCCGUCCGACAGCCAAACAGUUAUGGAAGCCGGCAAUUGGAAUUUUGGAGCUUGGCAUUCUAGGUGCUCGAGGUUUGCUCCCAAUGAAGACCAAAGGAGCUGGUAAAGGCUCCACUGAUGCAUAUUGUGUUGCGAAGUAUGGCAAGAAGUGGGUGCGAACUAGGACUAUCACGGACAGCUUUGAUCCACGGUGGAACGAGCAAUACACCUGGCAAGUAUAUGACCCUUGCACCGUGCUGACAAUAGGAGUAUUUGACAAUUGGCGAAUAUUUGCAGACGCCACGGAGGAGAGGCCAGACUACCAUAUUGGGAAGGUAAGGAUACGGGUAUCUACGCUGGAGAGUAACAAGGUCUACACAAAUUCAUAUCCGCUGCUAGUGCUGCAGAAGUCUGGGUUGAAGAAGAUGGGGGAGAUAGAGGUGGCGAUGCGGUUUGCCUGUCCGCCGUUACUUCCUGACACCUGUGCAAUAUACGGGCAGCCAAUGCUUCCACGCAUGCAUUACCUCCGCCCACUGGGUGUUGCCCAGCAAGAGGCAUUGCGUGGUGCAGCCAUUAAGAUGGUAGCGGCAUGGCUUGCACGGUCCGAGCCACCAUUGGGGCGAGAGGUGGUCAGGUACAUGCUUGAUGCAGAUUCACAUACAUGGAGCAUGCGGAAGAGCAAAGCUAAUUGGUUUAGAAUCAUGGCAGUGCUGGCAUGGGCUAUUGGGCUGGCAAGAUGGGUGGAUGAUAUCAGGCGGUGGAAGAACCCCGUUACAACAGUGCUGGUGCAUUUGUUGUAUUUGGUGCUUGUGUGGUACCCUGAAUUGAUAGUCCCAACUGUAUUCUUAUAUGUGUUCUUGAUUGGGGUUUGGUACCACCGCUUCAAACCUAAAAUUCCAGCAGGGAUGGAUAUUCGACUGUCUCAAGCUGAUACUGUCGAUCCAGAUGAGCUAGAUGAGGAGUCUGAUCCUGUCCCAAGCACAAAGCCCCCAGACAUUGUUCGAGCCCGCUAUGACAGGCUAAGAACACUAGCAGCAAGGAUACAGACAGUGCUUGGGGACUUUGCAACGCAGGGAGAGAGGCUGCAGGCUUUAGUGAGCUGGAGGGACCCAAGGGCAACACGAUUAUUCAUUGCAGUGUGCUUAGCAGUGGCUGUGGUACUGUAUGUGGUGCCUCCAAAGAUGGUGGCAGUGGCACUUGGAUUUUAUUUCUUGAGGCACCCAAUGUUCAGAGAGCCAAUGCCACCAGCAAGCUUGAACUUUUUCCGUCGGCUUCCUAGUUUAUCUGAUAGGUUAAUGUAACAAAGAGUAAAGAUUAGUUUUGCAUUAACAAAUUGGGAGGGAGUGAAUGAAUGUACGGGUAUUUUGAUGAAACUGUUGAUACUUGGCAAUAACAAAGAGGGAAAGGGGAGAUCCAGAGAUGUCUUUUUAUUUUUACUUUUCUUCUCUUUUGUAACUCUUCUUUUUCCCCUUCUGGAAUUAGUAGAUUGAAAAUAAGGAGGGCAAGCCAUUUUGGUGAAGAGAUUGGUAUACUUGAGUAAAGUGAAAUUUGGAUGACA